AACCGCGGUCAACUUUACCGAACACUCUGGUGGAUUGUUCAGCACCAUGCGCUUUUGUAAACAUAGUGUAUUUUUGUUUUUGUUUUCAAAACAAGGCAUGCCAUCGAUGAUCAGCAGUAGCUCAAACUGAGGUUGGUGGGGUCUGGCAGUUAUGCAGAAAUACAGUGAAUAUGACAGAUAACGGCACAGUCCUGUCGCCCGGGCGGGGCGCUGCUCUCAUUCCAAGGAAUUGCUUUGUUAAUCGGCAAAGGAGAGACAACGGAAAGCAGGAGAAGUUCCCAUCGUGACUUCCUAGUUUGAUGCAGCGCCUAUGUCUCUGCUGGAGGUGGGGAUGGGGUGAGAGAGGGAGCGAAAAAAAAGCACAGUCAACCCUCUUCUUUCAACUUGUUGAUUUGCUGAGAUCCAACGUCACACACACACACACACUCCCCGACUCAAACCUCUUCCUCCUACAUCUGCUAUUUACAUAAGGCAGCAGUGCACUGGCAGUAGACAGUGUGGAGUUGGUUGGGAGGGACGGGGAAUAGAGGGGAGAAAAAUAAAAACCUCGCUCUCUCUGUCUCACGCUCCCUCCUUGGAAAUGGCUCUGGCGGACAGCCUGUGCGAUUUAGCGGACGGAGAGUCUCCUUUCCCGGCCGUGGUCGAGCUGAACGUGGGCGGCCAGGUCUAUGUGACCCGCCACCGCACCUUGGUGGCGGUGCCGGACUCCGUGCUCUGGGACAUGUUCAGCCGCAGCUCCCCGCAGCAGCUGCCCAAGGACAGCAAGGGUCGUUUCUUCCUGGACCGGGACGGCUUCUUAUUCCGCUACAUCCUGGAUUACAUGCGGGACUUGAAGCUGGUGCUGCCCGACUACUUCCCGGAGAGGAGCAGGCUGCUGCGGGAGGCGGAAUACUUCCAGCUGCCGGAGCUGGUCCGACUGCUAAGCCUACAGGUGGAGCAGCCGAAGCCGGUCAGCGAGGAGAGCUGGCCGGACCCCGGGAGCAAGGGGCCGCCUUGCAGCGCCAAGCCCCGCCUGGCCACUUCCUCGACUUCGAUCACGGUUCCCCCCAGCCCGGCCAGCUCCUCCUCAGAUAGCUGCCCCCCGGCCAGGAGGUCCGGCUACAUCACCGUCGGCUACCGGGGCUCGUACACCAUCGGCCGGGACUGCCAGGCGGACGCCAAGUUCCGAAGGGUGGCCAGGAUUACCGUGUGCGGGAAGACGUCUUUGGCCAAAGAGGUCUUCGGCGAGACCCUGAACGAGAGCAGGGACCCCGACCGGCCCCCCGAGAGAUAUACGUCCCGUUACUACCUCAAGUUCAACUUCCUGGAGCAGGCGUUUGACUUAUUGGCGGACGCUGGCUUCCACAUGCUGGCGUGCAGCUCCACCGGGACCUGUGCCUAUGCCAGCGACCAGGGAGAGGACAAGAUCUGGACCAGUUACACCGAAUACGUCUUCUGCAGAGGGUGAAUCCAUCAGGACCAGGAAAAGAGCGACCCUUCCCUCAUUGUGCCGUGUUGCCUAUCCUGUUUGAAGGAGCUGGGGGGAGAAUUAUGUGACUAGUCACCACGUCGGAACGCACCUUUAUCUUAAACCUUUUCCUUUGUGUGAGUACUAUAGGACAGUGUAAUGAGGCCAUCAGCGGUGUGGUUAAGACUUUCAGCAGGUAUUGCCAACUGACGAUCCUGACACAAGCAAAACCGUGUAACAGCUGAAAGAAAGUGUUGCUGCUGGAAGCUAUGGUUAAUUAGAAGCAAUCCAUUAGCACGGAGCGGUAACAUUUAGUUAAUUUUAUUCUACUGGUAUGGAGGUGCACAGCAAGAAUAAAUGUUCCAUGCUCAGCAGUCUCCCUUGUUUAAUUUAUUACAAGGUGGGUUCUGUAGUCACUAACUUCUCCACCAAGUCUCUCGGGACGGUCGCCUUUCGGGUAUAGCUGUUCAGGGGAUAGAGGCAGUGUCCGGAGGUGCCCCAUGAUCGGCGUGGUAAAUACUACAGGCAACUGCUUACCAUUCACUAUCGUAUUCUGUUUACACCCCUAUUAUAGUACAAAAACUGAUGACAUAAAGUUUUUAAAAAAAGGAAUCUUUCGAUUGUAAAUUACAAGCACAUUGUUUAUAAACACGCAAAAGGUAAUCUUGCCAUGUUGUGUUUAGCGUGGGCUAUUUUAUAGACUUGCAGUGCGUCUCACCAAUUGCCUGAACUAGCUGUAACCUCUCUCAAAAGUAGUCUGCCAUUUUGGAAAUAACAUUAGCAAAGAUUAAACCUUCAACACUAUAGACAGAGAUUAUCAACGUUGGUAAUAGUUUUAAAUAAUUCUGAUUCGUUGUCCUUUAAACAUGAUCUUGCCUAAGUUUCCACAUUUUCUUUUCCUUUUGCUGAAAAUUACUGCAGAACUGAAGUUAUUUUGUGUAGGAGUGAAAAAAACUUUCCAUCCUUAGAGCAGGAAGUUUCCCUUCCUCAUUGAAUGCUUGCUAUAGAUGAAAGAUAUCACAAAAGAGCUCAAAAGCUUGCAUUACAAAUUAUAUUAUUCUUUCAGCCAUUGGUUCUAUUGAAUUCAGCUAAGUAAAUCAGCCCCAUUGGGUUCUCAUCAGUAGUAUUUAGAAUAGUAACUCUAAAGUCCAAUAAUGCACUAGUUUGGUGUUUGGAGCCUACUUUUUCUAACUUGUAAAAUAAACAGCAAAAUAUCGUGUAGUGUAUCAAACUAAAGACCAGAGAAAACUAUACUGCCCAGUCCUUGAAAGGUUAACAAAGGACUGGUAAUAAGUGGAACAAGAAGUUUAAUACAAUAAGUAGAAGACAGUAGAUGGUUAGGAACCAGAAGUUUGUUGUGAUAAGUUAGGAUGUCAAGUGGAAUAUAAAUUGGAAGAUUUCAGAAACUAGCAAGAGAAUUCUGAAUUCUUGUAGAAUUACAGUUAUCUGGAAAUCAGCAUCAUUUGGAAUAAACAUUGCUUUUGUAUCAGUCACAAGCUUUUCUUUCAUGGUCAGCUUUUCUUUCCAAUGGUCUUCUUAUCCAUUGGCUACUGUUGUAUUGACACCUUGCUGGGCUUUGAUUCAAUAGCUUUAUCCAAGUGACCAUUGCUCAUCAGCAAAGCUCAGUAGUGACUGUUAACAGUCAAGUAUGUAUGGGGAGGGCCAAAGUGCAUAUCACAGUAGAGUUAGAGUGACCGACUCAGAAGCAACCAUGGAUUAAGUUUAAGACUUUUACUUGUUCGUGAUUCAGCUGGUAAGUGGAUAAUCUCAAAAUCUGCAAUCACAAUCAAUAAACCUUAUCAUCAAAUUUGAUAUCACUCCUGGCAAAUCCACACAUCCAGCAUUUUAUGAUUGGCGGUUAAAAUUCUGAGAUGUUCCUACCAGCGUUCCAAGUCAUGAAAACCUGUAAGAUUUACACCUGAUUUUAUGGUAAAUCUCAGUAGUAGUGUUAAUUUAGUUUUCCCGAUUAAUAUUUACACACAACAUGAAGGAAUACCAUGAACUCAGAGGCUGUCUACAAGCUCACAGUCAAAAUACUUUUGGCUUCCAUUCAAGAAUAGCAUUGGUAAAUGUACUGAAAUUGGCCUAGUUAUGACCUUUUGAAGUAUGAUUCUCCAGAUAGAUCAUUAUUAACCGCUAAUCAGUAACAUUUUAAAAUAUCAAAAUCUAUUUCACAGCAAAGAGGGAAAUCCAGUGUGUUAUUAAAACGGAUUCUGUUAGAGUGGUGCAAUGUCAAUUCAGUUGCCAGCUUCAUUUCUGACAUUGUUCCUUAUCUUAGCUGAGUUGUGUGGGAAGACACCAAACGGAGGGCCACAGAGAGAGAAGGAUGAAGAACUAUUCUCAGGCAUCACCCAAAUAACUGCUGGCAAAAUGGCGUUGAUAGAGUUAUUAAGUCUAGUCAUUUGCUUUUCACAAGUUAUUGUGCAAGGAGUACAGACCAAACAGGAAGGGUGAAAUGAAAAAAAAAUCAUACUAAUAAUAUUUCACAAUUUGCACACAAACUACAAUCAUUACAGACAAAUAAUGUGACAGUGAUAAACUCAGUGUAAAUUACAUGCUGCAUACAGUUAUUAACAGUUUCAAAACUGUAAGGUGCAAAAAUGUACUGUGGCAGUUGUAUCUUCAAAGUUAUCUGAAAUAGUUUAAUUUGUAGCAUUUAACAGACCUAUAUUUUCACUAUCAUUGAUUCUUUAUACACAGUAACUUGUGAACAACAGACUGGGAAUCCAAAGGUACUAUACCUUUAAAACAGUCGCUGUAAAUGUCUUGUCUAAUUCCCACAGAUGCUGUGGAACUGGAGAGAAUGACCUUUUUAUUUGCAAAGCAGACAGUGCCAGGCUAGGUGAAAUGUGUGAUCAACUGUUAAAUGCUUAUUUGCUGACAUAUUUGUUUAAUAAUGUUUAACAAUGUGACAAAAUAUAAAUCAAUUUCUAGAUCCUGUCAUGCAGAUAGGAAGGACGCUCAUUAAUCAAAGGGUGUUCUAAAGCAGUAACAUUUUGAUUUUAUUCUGGGCUUUGAGUGACUGUGAACCAUGUGGGUUGGCAGAAAUUUCAACGUAAUGGAGAACUUUGUCUUAAUCUGAGACAAGUCAUUGCUACACUCAUAAGAGAAAUUGAUAAUUGUUAGUCAAACAACAAUUCUGAUUUAUGUUGACGAUAUGACAAAGGCUGAACUUUGAGUCAUUCAUUGGUGUUUGAAGGAACAGAGACACUGUAACAAAGCCAUACCGUUUUAAAAACUACAAUGCACAAUGUAUCUGCUAGAUCAUUACAAUUUAAUAAUUAAACUGUGUUACAUAAAUUAAA